AUGUUUUACGCGAUUGUUAUUAUAUUUGGAGCUCUCCUUAUCUUUGUUUGGAGAUUCACUUCAACCAAGAAGCAGGUGCUAACAAAAUUACAAGAUGAUAAUCAAUAUGACCGUGCUAACGAACGAGAAGUAGAAGCAAGUACAGAAUCAGAUGUGAUACAAAAUUUCAACAAUAAUUGGGAAGUACUAGAGACUGUUAUUAAUAAGUAUGCGGAAGAAAGGAAUAAUAAAAAGUGUGAAACACAAACUGAUGCUCCGAGUAAGCAUUUAAAAGAAGAUACAGACGAAAAUAUUCGUUUUCGUAAGAGUAUUAAAAGAGAUAGUCCACCCAAAGAGCGACUUGCUGAGUUUUUAGAGAAAACUGUUUUAAAUGAAGAUAAGUUGCAAUCUAUUUUCGAGAACUUAUCAUUAACGAAAUGUGAUAUACCAAUUAUAAACAAGGAUGUAACUGAAGUAUCAAAAAAAGAUGAUUUUGAAAUCAAACCAGUGCAUAAAGUUGAUGAUGAUGUUCCCAAAGAGGAAGUGCAGAUAUCUGAAGAACAAAAGGAAGAGACUAAACCGCUGCUUUUGCGAAGAUUGGAAAAGCAAUCCGGGAUUCCAGCUGGAAUUAAUUUUGGUUCUCUGAUAGGGGAGCUCAAAACCAAAACACGUAACCCAAGCAAUGGUGGUGCCCUAAAGCCAGUAUUUAGAAAGUUUGAUGUUGACACAGUUGAUAACAUUCAAGAUGAGACGCUUAACUCAGCAGUGGACGACAAGAAGAAAGUUCAAAUUGAUGAAAACGAACUAGGAUCGAAUAUCCUUGCUGACCGACGGAAUAAAUUAGAAACCGCUGCGCAGGGAUGGAGGAAACGCGUGCCACAAAGCGAUGCGACGAUGUUUACAGUGGCAGGCCGGCUAGAACGAGACAAGGUGACGCCACCUGUCACACCUCCGCCCUUAAACACACCGCCCGCUACAACUCCUUCAACGCCUGUUGUUACCCCAGCAGUGCCACCGCCUAACAGAUUCAGAUCUCGCAAAGCACCAACAUCUCCCACCAAUGGGUUUGCAUCGGGACCUCUCCGAUCUGCGUCUUGUGCGGUUAUGACUGCAGUGGUUGAUGCUAAGCCAAAGGAGACACCGAAGCCAGACCGUGAGUCCUUCAAAAGAAGUCAUUCGGUCAGCGAAAAUAUCAGUCGGGAUGAAAAAGAAGAACUAUCGCCCGGCGCAGAGAAACCAGGAUGUCCCGUUCACGUACCACGUGCUGAUGACGAGACCUUUCACGCAUUCUUCGCGCCUCUACAGCAGCAGGAGAAACAAUUUGAACAGCUGGAUAUAGAUCUCGAUGCUAUUGAUAGUGCUUCAAGACAGCUGUUGUCCAGCGAAUACGCCCGUCGCGCGAAACGUGAACGUCGUCACGUGGCGUCUCGUAACCCGCUAAAGGCUCUCGCGGCUCGGACCGACUUGAGACAGGAGUAUCGUGCUCUCUCACUCACCACUCGGGACGCGCUAUUUAAGGAGAAAGUGACAGGAAACUGUGGGCUGGCUGCUGAAGCCCUAGCGGCUCUUGCCAGUAAGGAAGACUUCUCAAAUGUGGCGUUACGUAGUGCUUCAGCCACAAAUGUUCCAAAUCAAGGCAUCAAAGCCUUGAUGCUGUUACAUGUUAAGGGCAGACGGCGAGUUCAGACUCGCCUCGUGGAGCCCAUCCAUACAAACGUAAACCGCGGUGAUUGCUUCCUUCUUGUGACGUCUGACCAGCUCUUCCUCUACAUUGGCCUCUACGCUAAUGUCAUUGAGAAAAACCGAAGCACAGAUAUUGCCAACCACAUUCUUAACACAAAGGAUCUCGGAUGUAAAAGCGCCAACUCUUUCAUAAAAAUCGAUGAACAAACCAAAGUAUUCUCAAACAAACAUUGGAGCCAAUUUUGGUCCCUCCUCGGAGUCACCGAAGGCAUCGAAGAGUACAAACCGGUGGAAGCAGGUGAUCCAGAUGAAGAUGAGAUUUUCGAGUCCUGUAUUGUCCAAACGAACAUGUGCUACGAAGUCAUGGAUGAUGAACUGGUGCCCAUCAAGGAGUAUUGGGGCCAAGUACCAAAGAUUGCCAUGUUGAAUCAGUCGAAAGUCUUAGUAUUCGAUUUCGGCUCAGAAAUGUACAUUUGGUACGGGAAAAACGUACCCCUAGAAAGCCGACGCCAAGCGGCACAAUUAGCUAAAGAAUUGUACGAAGACGGGUACAACUACGAGGAAUGCCACAUUAACCCCUUAAACGCUGCCGAGUCACAAGGAGAAAGAAAAGAAAUUAACACUUUAUCAAAAUCCUCUAAAACUCGACCCGAGUGGGCGAUAAUGUCCAAAGUCACUCAGCACAUGGAAACUAUUCUUUUCAAAGAAAAAUUCCUCGACUGGCCCGACUUCAGCCGAGUUAUCAAAAUCAAGCCUCAAGAGAAUAAAUCCAAUGGCGUCGAGAUCACUCCGUGUGAUGCCGAGGAAAUGUGGUCCAACGAGUACCAAGAUCCAGAUCUCAUUCUAGAAGGAUCUCACAUCGGUCGCGGAACACAUUACUACGACAAAGAGUCGAUGCGGCAUUACGAAAUAAAAACGCAGGCCGUUUGCAAAUGGCUCAUACAGGAGUACGACUACCAAACCGUCGAAAACGAGGCCGACGUGGCUGAGUUUUACUCUGGCGACUCUUACAUCAUCAAAUGGGACUAUCAGAUCACUGUUUCCGGCCGAGAAUUGAAUGGAAAACCGUCGAAACACAAUCUAACUGGCCGAGACCGAUGCGCCUACUUCUGCUGGCAGGGAAAAGACGCGUCAUCGAACGAAAAGGGCGCUGCUGCUCUUCUUACCGUCGAAUUAGACAAAGGAAAAGGUCCGCAAGUGCGAGUUGCCCAGGGAACCGAACCGCCAGCGUUCUUGAACCUCUUCCAAGGAAACCUGGUGGUACACCAGGGGAAACGGGACACGGACAAAAGUAGAUACCGCCUGUACGUCACCAGAGGAAAUGUCACCAACGAAGCGUAUUUGCUCCAAGUGCCCUGUUCGGUUCGGCAGUUGAGAAGCCGGGGAUCGCUAGUGUUAGUCGACACGCAAAAGUCGUGUGUUUACAUUUGGCACGGCUCGAGAAGCUUGAAGCAUACAAAGCAGGUGGCUGUUGAUUUAGCGAAUAAAUUGGUUUCGCGGAAUUCCAAAAGCCUCUUUGGGGAUCAAAGUGCCAAGAUCUUGGAGAUCAAGGAAGGAGAGGAACCGAAGGAGGUGUUGGAAGCUCUCGGUGUUGCCAACAAACAGUAUUAUAACUCGGUGUUAAGUGCGGGUAAGGAGGCAGGCGGUGAUGUCACUCCAAGGUUGUUCCAUUUCACGGAUUUGAGUGGACAAUUUGAGGCCAACGAAGUUCUGUCUCCCUUACGUCAUGAAAGCCUGCUCACCUCUUUCCCGUUUGAACAGAGGGAAUUGUACUCUGCUUCACAACCUGCUUUAUUCUUGUUGGACGACGGCAAGUCCGUCUGGGUGUGGCAAGGGUGGUGGCCGCGAGGGGAAGACGGAGACAUCGAGGUCGAGAGAAAUAAUGGCGUAGGAGCAUUCGCAGGGCGUUGGAUGUCGCUUAGAGCGGCCGCGCUUAGAACAGCUGAUGCCUACUGGACUGUCUCCCGACGGACUAGACCCGACGUCCAAGUUGUCAUCGCGGGACUCGAACCUGAUACCUUUACAGCGCUUUUCGACACCUGGGAGGAGCACGAUGAAGCCGCUGAUGCUAACAUAGCGCGCGGGUACAAGGCAGGCGAGGCUGUGAGUGCAAGUGUGGAGUUAUCUCGGGUGACGGCCAGUACCUGCGUACUUCCGCUAGCCGCACUACAGCGACGCCCACUUCCGGAUCUAGUAGACCCCCACCAUUUGGAAAGGCAUCUUUCGUCCCCACACUUCAUGGAGGCUUUCGGAAUGACCAAAGAAGAGUUCGCAUCGCUCCCCGCGUGGAAGCAGACGAACAUGAAGAAAGACCUGGGUCUGUUUUGA